CAUAAGUCAAUCUACAGUACUAUGUAGGUUCAAGUGUAACAGUUUGGUCAUAAGUCAAUCAAUUGGUAGAUCAAAUCACAGCGCAACUUGAUGUCUAGCUGACUCUCUGGCAGUUAUCAAUGGCAGAAUACAAACUCUACUAUUUCUAUGUUAGAGGUAAGGGUCAAGUGAUCAGAUAUGUCCUUGAAGAUAAUGAUGUGUCGUUCGAGGAUAUAUUAGUUCCAAUGUGGUCAGAGGAGAUUAAGCAGCGUUGUCUUAGCGACCAGGGAUUUUACUUCGAAGACGUUUUUAAUCCUAGACUGGACUGGCUGAGCAAAGAAUGGCAGGAGUUGAAACAAAAAACUACAUUUGGCCAAGUACCCUAUCUUACUGGCCCAGAUGGACUGGAGCUAUCUGAAUGUUAUGCCAUAUUGCGAUAUUUUGGACGCAAACUUAAUCUCUAUGGCAACAAUGAUAUUGAGGCUGCCAAGAUUGAUAUGUUACUAGAGCGUGAACACCCAACAUUGGUGGGGGUACUUCUUUCAUUUUUUAAAAAACAAGAUGAUGCUGCAAGGAUAGAGAGUACAAAGAUUUGUGAUACCCUGGCAAUAUUUCAGAAACUUCUGGAGAAGAAUAAGAAAGGAGAAGGCUACUUUGUGGGAGAUAGAGUCUCUAUUGCAGACUAUGCCAUGUUAGAUCUCCUAGAUGCCUGCAUAAGUCUCUCAAGCACAAUGCUAGAUGCCUAUCCAACACUGAAGGCAUUCUAUGAUCGCAUGGCUUCAAGGGAAAAGAUUGCAGCGUGCAAAGCCUCAGAAAAGUACAAAUCUUUCUAUGUUGCUGGCAAUCUUGGACGAAAGUAAAUUGGUAUAGAAACAGUACCGAAGUUGCAAACAUGAACAGUUCAAAUUGUUACCAGAAAUGCUACCAUUGUAAUUGAAAUGUGAACAAAUCUUAAAAGAUUUGAAAAUAU